UGCAAUUUUAUUAGGUUGCAUUGGUGGAGAAAAAUAGACUGGAGACCAAAUUAACAAAUGGUCAGGGCCAAGAGAACAAUACCAAAACAGACUUAUCUGGAAAUCAUUGUGAAAGAGAUACUUUGACGACCGUAGGCAGCGUCAACAGUGGCAUUGAGAUGUUGACUAAGCUCGAGGAGGAGUUGAAAUCUUGUCAAAAAGAGCUUGCUGCAUCAAAAGAAGUAUCAAAGAAGUUAAUUAUGGAAAGGAAUAUGCUCGAACAGAGGAUUCAAAGGCUUGAGAGGGCAAAAAGUGAAGAGAAAAGUACAAUGCAAAGAGUUUAUGAGGAUGAAUGUCGUAAGUUAAAAGCUCAUACAGCUACACUGGAGCAAAAAUUGGAAAGCACAACACAGUCAUUAAAUGUUGCUGAAUCAACUCUUGCCUUGAGAAAUACUGAGGUGGAUACAUUGCAAAAUACUCUCAAGGAGCUUGAUGAGUUAAGAGAGUUUAAAGCGGAUGUGGACAGAAAGAACCAACAGACCGCUGAGAUUCUUAAAAGGCAAGGAGCACAGUUGGUUGAGCUUGAAAGUCUUUAUAAGCAAGAACAGGUUUUGCGAAAACGUUACUAUAACACAAUUGAAGAUAUGAAAGGAAAAAUAAGAGUUUUUUGUCGCUUGCGUCCUCUAAACGACAAGGAACUUUCUUUAAAGGAUAAGAAUAUUGUAUGCAGUCCUGAUGAAUUUACAAUUGCACAUCCGUGGAAAGAUGACAAGUCAAAGCAACACAUAUAUGAUCGUGUUUUCGAUGCAUAUACGACUCAAGAAGAUGUUUUUGAGGACACCAAGUAUCUAGUACAAUCAGCUGUUGAUGGAUAUAAUGUUUGUAUAUUUGCUUAUGGUCAAACUGGUUCCGGGAAGACUUUUACAAUAUAUGGUUCAGACAACAAUCCUGGUCUUACUCCAAGGGCUACAUCAGAACUUUUUAGGGUGAUAAAGCGUGAUGGCAACAAGUAUUCAUUUUCCUUGAAGGCAUAUAUGGUGGAACUUUAUCAAGAUAAUCUUGUGGACCUGUUGUUGCCCAAAAAUGCUAUGCGACAAAAAUUAGAAAUAAAAAAGGACUCCAAGGGUGUUGUUACUGUUGAAAAUGUCACAGUUGUAAACAUUUCAAGUUUUGAAGAAUUGAAAACUAUAAUAACAAGAGGUUCUGAGAGAAGGCACACUGCUGGAACAAAUAUGAAUGAUGAGAGCUCAAGAUCUCAUUUAAUCCUUUCAAUAAUUAUUGAAAGCACCAAUCUCCAAACUCAAUCUUAUGCAAGAGGAAAGCUAAGUUUUGUGGAUCUUGCUGGUUCUGAGAGGGUGAAAAAGUCCGGUUCAGCAGGAAAACAAUUAAAAGAAGCACAGAGCAUCAAUAAAUCCCUUUCUGCAUUGGCUGAUGUUAUUGGUGCUUUAUCUUCUGAUGGACAACAUAUACCUUACCGGAACCAUAAGUUGACAAUGCUUAUGAGUGAUUCACUUGGAGGCAAUGCAAAAACCCUGAUGUUUGUGAAUGUUUCACCAGCGGAAUCAAACUUGGAGGAGACUCACAACUCACUCAUGUAUGCUUCACGAGUACGUUGCAUUGUCAACGACACGAGCAAGCACGUUUCCCCCAAAGAAAUCAUGCGGUUGAAGAAGUUGAUUUCUUACUGGAAGGAGCAAGCAGGCAAGCGGAGCGAGGGCGAUGAACUGGAGGAAAUACAGGAAGAGAGGAUAUCAAAAGAGAAAGCUGACACCCGGUUGACCGCUUGAGGGCGAGAUACCACUGCUGAUGCCCUCCCUGAAUGCACCUGGUUUGUGUUCUCGCACCCAGCCUCAGAGGUGACCCAGUGCUGUCGAGCAUUCACAACACCGACGUAGCUGAUGGAAAUGUUCCGGUAUCAUCUGAAAAUGUUGCACACCAAUUGUAUAGUUAGCGAUUAUAUAUUAUGGCGGCGGCGCCUGUUUGUACAAAGAGCCUGUAGUACACAUUCAUAGGAGAAGGGAUGAAGAGUUUUUAGGAGAGAAAA